AUGGCCCGAAAACUUAACUUUCUCCGAGAAGGCUCAAGGACCUCCAUCAAUUCGGCCUCCCAAUUCCUGGCCGAUCUCCGAGGAAAAGUUGUCCGACCGGAGCAGAUCAUGGUGUCCUUUGACGUGGUUUCAUUAUUUACGUCCAUCCCACCGGACCUGGCACGCGACGUUCUUCGCAAACGACUCGAAGAUAAUUACGACGAGACGAACAAACCCCUAAAAAUCGACCACUUACUGCAACUGUUUGCUUUCUGCCAACAAACCUUCUUCACUUUCAAUGGCAGAACAUACGAGCAGAUCAAAGGAACGCCGAUGGGUUCGCCAAUAUCCAGCCUGGUUGCAGAACUAGUCCUGCAGGAACUGGAAAAAGUCGCCUUCGACCACUAUGAACCUGCAUUUUGGCGCCGGUACGUGGACGACACGUUCGUCAUAAUUGAAAGGAGCAGACUGGCCGACUUCCAAGACCUGCUCAACGGCAUCUUCCCAGACAUCCAGUUCACAAGGGAAGAAGAGCAUGCCGAACAGCUGCCUUUCCUUGACGUUCUCGUCACACGCACACCCAACGGCGAACUCAACACCACGGUGUACAGAAAGGCGACUAACAAGACUCAGAUUCUCAACUACCACAGCAACCACCCAAUGGCGCAUAAACGCAGCUGUGUUAGGACACUCUUCCAGAGGGUAAAAACGCACUGCAGUGAACCAGAGGGACGAGUACGAGAACUUCGGCAUCUUCGGGACCAACUGGCAAGGAAUGGAUACCCGAACAGCUUCGUCAGCCGCUGCCUCCGCACGCGCCCACGGCGAACAAACGGAGGAGAGCCACCAACACUCUGGUACCCUCUGCCAUAUAUAAAGAACGUAUCCGAAGCGAUGGAACGUAUCGCUGGAGAGCUCGGCGUGGGUAUCGCUCACCGUCCGACAGCGACCAUGCGCAGCAAAAUCAUGCAAGUGAAGGAUCGCCUAGACGUGGGUGAACAAUCGGGCGUCGUCUAUCAGAUCCCAUGUCGGGACUGCCCUCGCCACUACACUGGACAAACCGGACGACGACUUAGCUCACGAAUAACGGAGCACAAACUGGUGGUCCGGAGAGGCGACCCGUUGUCUCAGGUCGCCACUCACACCCUGGAGGAAGGCCACGAAUUCAACUUUGCGAGCACGCGGAUAGUGGCGCGGGCCGGCAAUAAGACAGAAAGAGAACUGUUAGAGGCCUGGGUGUCUGACAACAACGCUAUCAACAGGCACGUUGAUAUACCCCCCUGCUAUCACGCGCUCCGUUCCCGCGGCCAAGGGGCGAGACCCAAUUUCCAGCCAAGGGUGCACGCAGUCACGCCAACGUGA